ACAACCAACAAGACAGUACUCACAGGAUGACUGUUCACUCCCUCUUUAUCGCUGUUUUCCUAUUGGCCAUCAAAGCUGUGACGUCAUCGAGUCGGUGCAGCGCGAUUAAUGGCGAUAAAUGCAUUCAGCAGUGCAACGGAACAAAGUGUGAGUGCACGGGGCGCAACCGAGACGCAAUAUACACAGGUUGCACGCAACUUUGCGGGAGACAUCCUUGCAACACGCUUACUUGCUCUACUGAAAACUGCAUUCAAAGUUGUCAUGGAUGCAAAAUGGAGUGUGACCGCAGUGUGGGCUUCUGCUCUCAGCGGUGUCUCUCUGGGCAGUGCACCAUCGCAUGCGCGGCUAAGAGAUGUUCGCUGGACUGCCGAAAGGGUGAGUGCAGGCGCGAGAAGACGGAGGAAUACACUACCCGUGUGACGUACCCUAAGAAAUUCCUAGUUCUCCUGGCCGCGUGUUUCGCCCUGACCAGUUUUCUCUCACUCAUUGCCAUCACGAUGACGUGUCGAAAUCAGACCAGACGCCGCAUUAAUCGUUACCAAAGGCUACGACAGAUUCCCGAAUCAUCGCCGAGUGCGACCCGAGAGUACCGCCAAGUUCUCGCUAGGCGUCAUGGGACAUUCGAGUUUUCGGAGCCAGUGUUCGGGAAUGAAGUCCCUCCCGAUGCUUUACGCAUAAGUGUGUUACCAUUUCCAAAUAAGGAAGUAUAACAAAAUCAAGUCAAACAAGUGUAAUGGAUGGUAAUGUCCGCUUGUUCAGCAGCUAAAAGUGAAGUUGGAUUUCAGAAAAAUGGUUGUGUUUGCUUGUUCUGCUUAACUUCUAUAAUAUGUAGUAAGUUUGAUGUUUGAAUUACCUGAUGUGGUGUAUAGCUGAAGGUUAUCAAGUUAAAGUUAAAAAAAUCGCAACGAAAAGAUGGAGGAAGCCAUGUACGCCAUAAAUAAAGACAUCAAAUAAUAGGCAAAUAUAAAAGGUGGACAAAAGGUCACGUGAUAACCAGAGUGCGUACUCUGCAAGUAAGGGUGUGUGCCUUCUUUGUGGUACUGAUGAGAAUCAACAUCGUCAUACUAAGACGCGUCGUCAUGAACCUCAAGACAGCCAUGAACAUUUGAUAGCUCAACAUAUCAACAUUUUUCAAUAUAAAUUUGGUUAAUUUGAAGUUGAAUUACAAGAAAAUAGACUACAUAACAAUAAACCAUGGAGGCUUUAAUCUUAAAAAUGAAUAGAGCAAUAUAGUGAAGACGAGGUGACAUUAAAGACAACCGUAGCAAUGUUUAAAAAUACUCAACUCCUCCAUUCGUUAAUAUGAUUUAUUGUAUAGACAUAAAACUGUCUGGAUGGAGAAACCCAGGGGGUGAAAUAGAGUAAAAUGUAAAAUAAAGUACGCAAAAAGAUUAAAUGGCAUCUUAUGA